CAGAAAGAAGAAAACAAUCAGAUAAGAGAAAAUAUAAAAAACUUAAAGAACACAUUAGAAGAAAAGUUGAUUCAUUUCCAAAAAAGUAACAACGAAAUGAAAAAUCGAUUUGUUUCUUAUAGCAAACAAAUUGAUAAAAUAAACGACGAAAAAAUAUUCUACCGUAAAAAGAACCAACGUCUUCGUGUGCAAUUAAAUCGAUUUAGGCAAGGAUUAAUGAAAGUAAUCAAACAUAUUUACGAUCCUCCAUUCAUACUCAGAACCGAAAUUUCCAAUUUAUUAAGAGAUCAAGCAAGAUGGACAGCAGGUAAUAAAUUGGAAAUGAAAGGAAGCGAAGAAUGUUCUUCUGAAAUAAAAAUUCAAAACCUGGAAAUAGAAGAAAAGCCCAAUGCAUGCCGAGAAACUGAAACUGUUUGCAAAGAUACGAUAAUUGAAAAUAAAGAUAACAAAGAAGAUAACAUCUGUGUUUGGAAAAUGGAAUUAUCAGAUUUGCAUGACACACAACAAAAGGACGAAUUUUCUAAAUUAUUUCACCAAAUAGUAUCUGUUUGCAUAAUCCCUCGGAAAUCUGAGUUCUUUUCUACAUCGGAAUCAUCUGCAUGUAUAAAGAAUUCAAGAGUAGAAGAAACUGUAUUAAGAGAGCGCAAAGAACACAAUGGGUGCAAUUGUAAAUCGAUCACGGAGAAUAAUAUGGCACCGGUUCAUAUGUGGAGUUUACAAUCACCUACAGAAAUUUUUCGCAUUCUUAUAUAAACAAUAAAACUUUCAAGAAAUUUAAUCUUAUUUUUUAAUAACGAUAAUUGAUAUUAUCUGACUAAUAUUAAAUAAUUAUUAUUCAAUUUUAUGGAUUCAGUUAUAUCAUCGUCAUUAAAAUUGUACAGCGACAUAAGUUAAUUAACUAAACAUAAUAGGAAAAUAAAUCGA